AUGGCCUUGUUUGAAGUGGAAGGCUGGAAUAUAAAGACUGACAAUGUUGCUCUCGGUAAAGUCGACGCACCACUAAGCAAAAAGAAGGAAAAGAAAUUGGAAAAGAAGAACAAGAGGCGCGAAGCUUUGGGCAAGAAGAAGAACCAACUUCAGGAGUGGAAGGAAGAGGAGACUGUACAUGAGGAGAACGAACAAAUUGAACCCACACAGCAAGCAAAUGAUAAUCUUGAAGAGUCAGAACCUGAAGUCUCUGCUGAAGAGACAAAAACGGAGUUGACUCCGUUGCAGCAGAAAAUGAUGGCCAAAUUGACAGGGUCUAGAUUUAGAUGGAUCAACGAAAAACUAUACACAAUAAGUUCCGAAGAGGCAUUAGCUUUGAUUUCCAAACAACCUCAAUUGUUUGAUGAGUAUCACACUGGUUUCAAAAACCAGGUUCAAUCGUGGCCGGAGAACCCUGUUGAUGUUUUUGUGAAGCACAUCGAGAACCGAAGUAAGAAGAACGUUAACGCUCCAGGAGGACUGCCAGGGAUCAAUAAGAAAGUGGUAAUUGCUGAUAUGGGUUGCGGAGAGGCUCAACUAGCCUUGGAUGUACAAAAUUUCCUCAAGAAGCAUGCCAAAGAUAAGAAGGUUAGGGCCAAGAGUAUACAAGUACACAGUUUUGACUUGAAGAAAGCCAACUCAAGAAUCACUGUUGCAGACGUGAAAAAUGUCCCACUGGACAAAGAGUCAUGCUCUAUUGUGAUAUUUUGUUUGGCAUUGAUGGGAACAAAUUUCAUCGAUUUUAUCAAGGAAGCUCAUAGGUUGCUGGCACCAAACGGAGAAUUGUGGAUUGCUGAGAUAAAAUCUCGUAUAGAUGAUGUUGAUAAGUUUAUUGACGCUCUGAAGUUAUACGGUUUUCUUCACAAGACCACAGAUGAUUCCAACAAAAUGUUCACCAGGUUCGAAUUUUUCAAACCAAACGACGAUAUUGUCAAGAUUAAGGAAGAAAAAAUGGAGAGGAAGAGAAAGUUUGUAGAAGCCGACGACCCCAAAGCGGAAUUUGAGAAGAGAAGAUCCAAGAAUCCGGAAGGUAAGUGGCUACUGAAGCCAUGUAUUUAUAAGAGGAGGUGA